CAGACGUGUGAACAAACAAUUGUUGGACUUCAACAAGCUAGCGAAUGGCACCACAAGAAAAACAGGUUCAACAGACUUGUACCGGGGACCGAGAGACCUGCGGCACCCAACCGCUUCGGAAUAUUCUGAGAACAACCAUUAAGUAGUUGGUGUUGUUAGUGUCGAAAACUCCAUCUUCGGCGCGGCUUCAUUAGCGUCAACGUUAGCUACCGAAACAUGCCCAUUGCUCGGAGUGUGACGCCUGUUUUUUUCUGGCUGCCGCUGGUCGAGGGCUGUGAUGCGAGCUGAGCUGCAGCAGCGCCACAGAGGGUGAGACAAGAGCCGGAAAACAUUUGUUUUUUUCCCCAUCCCGUUACACACAGGAGGAGAAUGGACUUGUCGAGGGUAAACAGGCGACAGACAUGCGAGCGCACACGGGCCUGAAUGUCAUUGUUGGCCAACAACUUUAGCAAGCUAGCUAACAUUAGCUCGCUCAAAUUCAUGCAAAUGCAUAAGUGUUUGGUGUAGGGCAAUACGCUUACAUUGCUAGCGUAAUGGAGGCACCCUGAGUCACUUGAUCGUUUUCAGCUGACUGACUGGUCCUUUUAAAUACUGCCGACAAUGUGCUGACGAACAGACAGCCUUUGACUCGGUUCCCCUUAUCAAGUAAUAAUAGGACCCGGUUGCCUUAUUGGGUCAUAGUUGGACAAAGUUACCUGGUCCAGCAACUGAAUAAUUUCUGAAACCGUUUUGUUUGGCACUCAUUUUAUGUUGUAAUAUUUGCGUAUUAUUGCACUUUAAGUAGCCAGCAUUACAAGUAUGCACCAAACUCACAGGUAAACUGGUCUUAGUGUAUUUUACCACAAUAGAAUAAACCAUUAGUAAUUUAGGGGUUGUCAUAUUGCACUGGAAUGCGAUUUGGUCAAUAAAGCAUCAGUAUGGGUGCACAUCUACUAUUGGUAUUGUGAGUCAGAGAUUAGUGUCAGGCUUGUCAGUCAGUAUCCCCUAUAACAUACUUUCUAGGCUGUCUGGCACAGUUAAAGACUCGAGUUUUACUGGAAAUGAAAACAUGAAUAUCGAGGAGCAGUGUUUAGAUGUAUGCAAUGUAAAGACAAAAAGCAAUGUGGACGAUGAAUUCAACACUACCAGCAACACAGAAGGGGUCACCCCACGGAUCUCUGAACUGAUGACGGAUAGUGACACAAAAAAGCACACUAUUGUUCCCACAGAGGCCACUGAAACGUUUGUGAUGCCACAGCUCACUGACAACCUUCAGGCAGUGGAGGAGAAUAACCACCAGGUACAAAAUACACUGGAAAUUGACGAGGUCAAUGGAAAUGGAAAGAACACUGCCAAAGACACUCCUGUGAUUGCAAAUCCCACCAGCUUCAUCCUCUCCGAUGUGCAGCACAUCGGUGACACUGGCGUGGAAAAAAUGAAGGAAGAUAAAGACAUUAAUGUUGUAGUAGGUGAAAGGGGCGAUAGUGGGGACAUGGACAUAGGUGUGGCCCUGAGUCUGGAUGAGACUGGGGUGUUGGAGGCUGAAUCGUCAAACAAUAGAUCAUUGCUGGACAAUGCUUUAGACUCUGAGCCCUCGUCCCAGGAGGACCCCCCUGCCAACUUGGCAGAGAGCCUGUCUGAUGUAAGUCAGGUGAGCAGCACAGAGGCUUCUGCCACAAACCAGGUUGGACUAUACCCCUCAGUGGAGGAGGGGGACAAUAAAAACAAACAAAGUGGCAAAAAGGUGACAUUUCCUUCAGAUGAGGACAUCGUUUCUGGAGCAGUGGAGCCCAAGGACCCCUGGAGACAUGCUCUGAAUGUGACAGUGGAGGAGAUCCUCUCUUCCUACAAACAGGCAUGUCAGAAACUCAACUGCAAAACUAUUCCCAAAGUGCUUAAACAGAUACAGGAGUUCAAAGACCUGACACAGCGAAACGAAUGCUUAGAUUUGAAAGGUGAAAAGCUGGACUACAAGGCAUGCGAGUCUCUGGAGGAGAUUUUGAAGAGGGUCCAGUUUAAAGUGAUCGACCUGGAGCAGACCAAUCUGGAUGAAGAUGGUGCAUCAGCUCUAUUUGACAUGAUAGAGUAUUACGAGUCAGCCACACAUCUGAACAUCUCCUUCAACAAGCACAUUGGGACACGGGGAUGGCAGGCUGCAGCUCACAUGAUGAGAAAGACGAGCUCCCUACAGUAUCUCGACGCACGUAACACUCCUCUGCUCGACCACUCGGCUCCUUUUGUGGCGAGGGCGCUGAGGAUCAGUGGCAGCCUGGCAGUCCUCCACCUGGAGAAUGCAAGUCUGUCUGGGAGGCCUCUCAUGUUACUGGCUACGGCUCUGAAGAUGAACAUGAACCUGCGGGAGUUGUACCUUGCUGACAACAAACUCAAUGGCCUGCAGGAUUCGGCUCAACUUGGCAACCUGCUCAAGUUCAACUAUAAUAUCCAGAUCCUGGACCUGCGUAACAACCACAUCCUAGACUCUGGUCUGGCCUACGUAUGUGAAGGACUCAAAGAGCAGAGGAAAGGCCUUGUCACUUUGGUGCUAUGGAACAACCAGCUCACACACAACGGCAUGGGUUACCUCGCUGCUGCACUGCCAUGCACUCAGAGUCUGGAGACCCUGAACCUUGGUCAUAACUCAGUGGGUAAUGAAGGCGUCCAUAGGCUGAAAGAUGGACUGAUUGCUAACCGCUCUGUGCUCAGACUUGGCCUUGCCUCCACCAAACUCUCUUGUGAAGGAGCAGUGGCUGUGGCUGAAUUCAUCGCAGAGAGCCCGAGACUGCUGCGCUUGGACCUACGAGAGAAUGAAAUCAAGACUGGUGGACUGAUGGCCUUAUCUCUCGCCCUGAAAGUCAACAACUCUUUGCUGCGUCUUGAUCUAGACCGGGAGCCCAAGAAAGAAGCUGUGAGUAUAGAGAUAAGACGAGGGACAGGAGGUAAAGAGCGUGAUAUAGACUAAACAUGUGCCUUUCUG